AUGUACACGUGCUGUUCAGUCGGAGGUCGAACACGGCUUUCGUGUUGGAAUUAUGAAGAGAGUGGCGUUGAUAUAGUUACUGAAUUCAAUGCUAUUGUUAAUCAAAAUAUUGAAGGCGAAGAAGGCAAAAAUGGUGAACAACUUUUUCAAUAUGCAAGUGAUAAUUUAGUGGCGGAAAUUCUUAUUAAUCCUCAACACAGUACAUUAGUGCAAUGUGUAAGAAACUUAUUAGCUAGUUUUACAAAGUAUAGAUGCAUCAUUCAUGCGGGAUAUUCGUUUACAGAAAAUGGAUCAUGGAUCCUUCAGGACGGUUCGUUUUCUGUCACUGACUUCUUAGAUGCAUAUAAAACAGCUGAAGCUCAGCGUACGAUUAGACUACAUGAAAAUCAGAUUCGUAUUGAACUACAUUGUUCUGCAGACGCUGAUUGGAACCAAGUUAGCAGAGUUAAAGGCACACGUUUUUUGUUAAAUCCACCGGAAAAAAUAAUUGACAUUGAGUCAAUAGAAUCAAUCGUAAGAUGGCUAUGUGAUAAAAUUGAAGUGGCUGAACUUGAUAUACUACUUGAAGGGUCGCAAGUUGUUGGAAAUAUCAGAUUUAGUAGACCUACGCUUUAUGUGUUUCCUGCUGGUCAAGGUGAUUCCGCUUUAUUUGGUAUCAAUGGAUUCAACAUGUUAAUCGAUGGAGGAGCGGGAAGAAAUUCUUGUUUUUGGGGUUUUGCAAGACAUUUGGAUCGGUUAGAUGCAGUACUAUUAACAAGACUCAACAGUAGUAAUUUGGAGGGAGUCGCAUCAUUUUUAAAACGAAAAACCAUGUCUUCAUUGUAUCCACAAAUAGGACAUUUUUUCUGUAACUUCAAGACAAGAAAACAAAUAUCAUCUCCUAACAUAGAUGCUAAACAAGAUGUUCUUUCAAUUAGUUUAAUAGAUACAGCACAAAGCAUUAUAACUGAUCUUAAACAAUUGCAACUUCGUCCGCAUUUAUGUUAUCGAAAUAUAAAUUUAGAGCCAAUUAAUCUAUAUCAUAAAGUUGGUCAUGGAAAAUUAGAUAUGUAUGUAUUAAAUCCUUCCAAAGAUAGUAAAGAGGUAAAAGACUUUUUGACAAAAUGGAAUGAAGGUGAUCAAAAAUUAUUUAAUCCUACCAAAGAUUUACAGUUUCCGCUACCUAACAUUAUAUCCGUUUGUACCCUACUAGUAUGGCAACCAGCAAAUCCAAACACUACAAUCACUAGAAUUUUGUUCCCAGGAAGUAGUCCUCAAAAUAAGAUAUUUGAAUCUUUAGAAAGAGUCAGACAUCUCGAUUUUUUGAAGCAUCCUUCAUGUUCUAUUAAAUCAAUGAGUUCAUCUACAUCAGUAACAGUAAAAUCUCAGACAACUAAGAAGACUGUUCUUGAAAAAAUGAUUCCAGGUGAAACUAAAACCGUUAAGACUAUGGAAAAUUUAGAAGUAUCAACAUCAGCCUCAAAUGCUGUUAUUCAAACAGCUAUAAUACCAACAGUACCCAAAGAAGGAACUCCAAAGCCAAAGUUCCCUGUUGAAACAGAAAAACCAAAACAAAGUAUAAAGUUAGUUAUGAAAGAAACAGCAAAUGCAAAACCAAAAAUUGAACAUAAAUAUAGUUCAAUUAGCGCAAGAGUAAAUUCCAACAAGAUUGCCCAAAAAAGUUCAACUACCAAAAAAUCGUUGAAAUUAUCAUCUAAAUCUCCUCCUACUGAUAAAUCAUCACCCACUACUCCAAUCGAAAAUCAAGAAAAAGCGCCUAAACCAAUUAAACAAGUUAUUAAGCCAAAAUCAACAUCUACAACUACAAAAUCUCCUUCAAGCACUCCUACUAAAAGUAAGAAGGAGGAAGCCAAUCGAAAAGUUUUGGUUUCUUCGAGAACAAAUUCAGGUCUAAAGCGAACUCCAAUUACUAAAAAAGAAACAAAACCAGCUAAUCCGAAAAUCACUGAAACUUCUUUAAAAAAAGACUCAAAUAUAGUUUAUAAAUCAAGUUUGAUUAGUUGUAACAAAGAUAAAAGUGGUGAAGAAGAAGAUAUUUUGAUUGUAGAGAAAGUAGCAAUUACACCAGAAAAACUAUUGACUCCUGAUGGAAAAAAAAUUAUCGCUAAUGAAUUGGAUGGAAUUUUAACAACAGCCAAAGAUAUUGUAACAAAAGAAAAAUUGUCAGACUCUGGAGCUACUACAGCGCCCACUAUGCCAGAAGAUGAAAAAAUUAAUGAAUCAAAAAAAGAAAUUGAAGUUAACGAAUCAGACAAAAAAGUCGAAGAAUUUAAAAAAGCCAAAGAUGCAUUAAAAACACCAGAUGAAGUGGCCGAUUUACCAUUCCACGAAGAAGCAGAUGAACAAAAACCAAAAGUUGCAGAAAAAGAAAUUGAGUCAGAGAUUGAAACUCAAGAAAUUGUACAAGUAGAAAAUGCCGAAUAUGUACUGGUAUCAUUAGAUUCCUCUCCAGAAGUAUUAAAAAGACAAGUGUUAGACACCGUAGGCUUAUUGGAUACCGAACUUGACGAAGAUUCUGAUAAAGAAGAUGAAUACGUAGAAACAAAACAAAGUACAAUUCUUCCUGAUAUUGAUGAAAAAACUAAAUUAAUAGAACAUUUACUAGAAUCAUCCAAGGAUUUAUGUGAAAUAACAGAAAAAAUUGAUGAGUUAAAAAAACAAAAUGAACAUGAGAUCACCAAUCACCAAAUUCAUGAUCAUUUACAAGACUUCAAUCACGAUCAUACCAAAACAUCAAAUUGUACGCAAUUAAAUAAACAAGAAAACUCCACACAAAUUCAAGAAGAAGCAAAAAUUGAAUUACAAGAAAAAGAAUGUAUUGAUGAAAAACGUUUGACCAUUGAUAAUGAGAAUGAUAAAGAUAUACAUGGAAGUAGUCAUGUAGAAGAAUGUAAUGCAGAAAAUGGAGACAACACUCAAGAUUUAAAACAAAUUACGACAACCCAAGGACCAGAUACAGAUUUGGUAAACGUUGCAAAUAUUACAAUGGAUAAAAAAGAUUCAAAAGCAUCUAGCAAAGCUGGCUCAAUUUGCGAUGAACCACUGACAUUAACUAGAAGUAGAUCUGGUUCUAAAACCGAAGAACCAGAAAGAAAUACAGAAAACUCCACUGAUAAGCAAAGAUCAAAAGCAUCCAGUAAAGCCGGUUCCAUUUGUGACGAACCAUUAAAAUCUCCAGGACCAGAUAUUAGUACUGACAAAAUUAGAUCAAGUUCAAUUUGUCAAGAACAAGACAAAACGAAUAAUGUAGAAGAGAAACAAGAGUCAAAAGCAUCUAGUAAAGCUGGCUCAGUUUGUGAUGAACCAGUUAAAUCUCCAAUUCAUGAAACAAACACAUCAGCUAAUGUGGUUCCAAGUAGAUCUGGUUCAAUAACAGAAGAACCAGAAAAUACUAAUGUUACUGAUAUGCAAAGAUCAAAGACAUCCAGUACAGCCGGUUCCAUUUGUGACGAAACAUUAAAAUCUCCAGGACCAGAUAUUAGUACUGACAAAAUUAGAUCAAGUUCAAUUUGUCAAGAACAAGACAAAACGAAUAAUGCAGAAGCGAAACAAGAGUCAAAAGCAUCUAGUAAAGCUGGCUCAGUUUGUGAUGAACCAGUUAAAUCUCCAGUUCAUGAAACAAACACAUCAGCUAAUGUGGUUCCAAGUAGAUCUGGUUCAAUAACAGAAGAACCAGAAAAUACUAAUGUUACUGAUAUGCAAAGAUCAAAGACAUCCAGUACAGCCGGUUCCAUUUGUGACGAAACAUUAAAAUCUCCAGGACCAGAUAUUAGUACUGACAAAAUUAGAUCAAGUUCAAUUUGUCAAGAACAAGACAAAACGAAUAAUGCAGAAGAGAAACAAGAGUCAAAAGCAUCUAGUAAAGCUGGCUCAGUUUGUGAUGAACCAGUUAAAUCUCCAGUUCAUGAAACAAACACAUCAGCUAAUGUGGUUCCAAGUAGAUCUGGUUCAAUAACAGAAGAACCAGAAAAUACUAAUGUUACUGAUAUGCAAAAAUCUAAGGCAUCUAGUAAAGGUAGCUCAAUUUGUGAUGAGCUAGUUCGCUCUCCAGUUCAUGAAACAAUCACGACAGCUAAAUGUGUUUCAAGUAGAUCUGGUUCAAUAACAAAAGAACUAGAAAUAACAGAAGAAAUCACAAUCAAUAAACAAGGAUCAAAAGCAUCCAGUAAAGUCCAUUCAGUUGUUGAAGAACUUACAAUUUCUCCAGGGCCAGAAAUUAACACUGAUAAAACUGAAACAACAGAUUUAACAAGUUUAGUUUCUCAAGCGCUCGAUGUAGCAAAUGUUUCUGAUACAGACAAACAAGAAUCCAAAGCAUCUAGUAAAGCUAGCUCGGUGUGUGAUGAACCCAUUAAAUCUCCAAUUCAUGAAACAAUUACAUCAGCUAAUGCAGUUUCAAGUAGAUCUGGUUCAAUAACAGAAGAACAAGAAAAUAUUCAAAAAAAUGUUACUGAUAUGCAAAGAUCCAAAGCAUCUAGUAAGGCUAGAUCUGUUUGUGAAGAACCCAUUAAAUCUCCAGUUCAUGAAAUAGUUAAUGCAAUAACCAGUAUAACAAGUUCUAUAACACAUGACCCGGAAAAUACAACUAAGAACACAACUGGUUCCAAACCAUCUAGUAAAGCUAGCUCAGUGUGUGAUGAACCGGUUAAGUCUCCAGUUCAUGAAACAAUUACAUCUAAAAAUUCAGUUCCUUGCAGGUCUAGCUCAAUUUGUGAUGAGCCUGUUAAAUCUCCAAUUCAAGAAAUAAUUACAUCAGUUAAUGCAGUUCCAAGUAGAUCUGGUUCAAUAACAGAAGAACCAGAAAAGGUUCCUGAUUUGCAAAAAUCAAAGUCAUCUAGUAAAUCUAGCUCAAUUUGUGAUGAAACUAUUAAAUCUCCAGUUCAUGAAAUAGUCAACGCAAUAACCUGCAGUAGAUCAAAUUCUUUAACACAUGAACUAGAAAACGCUACAAAUGACGUAACGGGUUCCAAAGCUUCUAGUAAAGCUGGCUCUGUUUGUGAUGAACCCAUUAAAUCUCCAAUUCAUGAAACAAUUACAUCAGCUAAUGUAAUUCCAAGCAGAUCUGGUUCAAUGACAGAACCAGAAAACGCUCCAGAAAAUGUUUCUGAUUUGCAAAAAUCAAAGACAUCUAGUAAAGGUAGCUCAAUUUGUGAUGAAACUGUUAAAUCUCCAGUUCAUGAAAUAGUCAACGCAAUAACCAGUAGAUCAAAUUCAUUAACACAUGAACUAGAAAACGCUACAAAUGACGUAACGGGUUCCAAAGCAUCUAGUAAGGCUAGCUCUGUUUGCGAAAAACCCAUUAAAUCUCCAGUUCAUGAAAUAGUUAAUGCAAUAACCAGUAUCACAAGUUCUUUAACACAUGACCCAGAAAAUACAACUAAGAACGCAACUGGUUCCAAAGCAUCUAGUAAAGCUAGCUCGGUGUGUGAUGAACCCAUUAAAUCUCCAAUUAAUGAAACAAUUACAUCAGCUAAUGCAGUUCCAAGUAGAUCUGGUUCAAUAACAGAAGAACAAGAAAAUACUACAGAAAAUGUUACUGAUAUCCAAAGAUCUAAAGCAUCUAGUAAGGCUAGCUCUGUUUGUGAAGAACCCAUUAAAUCUCCAGUUCAUGAAAUAGUUAAUGCAAUAACCAGUAUAACAAGUUCUAUAACACAUGACCCGGAAAAUACAACUAAGAACGUAACUGGUUCCAAAGCAUCUAGUAAAGCUAGCUCGGUGUGUGAUGAACCGGUUAAAUCUCCAGUUCAUGAAACAAUUACAUCUGAAAUUUCAGUUUCUUGCAGAUCUGGUUCUAUAACAGAAGAACCAGAAAAUAUUACUGAUGUACAAAGAUCCAAGGCAUCUAGUAAAGCUAGCUCAAUUUGUGAUGAGCCUGUUAAAUCUCCAGUUCAUGAAACGAUUGCAAAAGGAAAUGCUGUUAUAAGUAUGCCGUUAUCUGAUUCAAUAACAGAUAAAUCAGAAAGCAUUCUACACAAUGUCACUGAUAUGCAAAUAUCCAAAGUAUCUAGUAAGCCUAGCUCGAUUUGCGAUGAACCGGUUAAAUCUCCAGUUCAUGAAACAAUUACAUCUGAAAAUUCAGUUUCUUUCAGAUCUGGUUCUCUAACAGAAGAACCAGAAAAUGUUACUGAUAUACAAAGAUCCAAGACAUCUAGUAAAGCUAGCUCAAUUUGUGAUGAGCCUGUUAAAUCUCCAGUUCACGAAACGAUUGCAAUAGCAAAUGCCCUUAUAAGUAUGCCGUUAUCUGAGUCUGUAACAGAAAAACCAGAAAGUAUUCCAGAUAAUGUCACUAAUAUUCAAAAAUGCAAUGUAUCUACUACAGCUAGCUCUGUUUGCGAUAAACCCGUUAAACAUCCAAGUCAUGAAAUAGUUAAUGAAAUAAAUAAUAUAUCAAGUACUUUAACACACGAAAUAGAAAAUACUACAAAAAAUGCAACUGGUUCCAAAGCAUCAAGUAAAGCUAGCUCUGUUUGUGAUGAACCCAUUAAAUCUCCAAUUCAUGAAACAAUUACAUCAGCUAAUGCAGUUUCAAGUAGAUCUGGUUCAAUAACAGAAGAACCAGAAAAUACUCCAGAAAAUGUUCCUGAUAUACAAAAAUCCAAGACAUCUAGUAAAGCUAGCUCAAUUUGCGAUGAGCCUGUGAAAUCUCCAGUUGACGAAACGAUUGCAUCAGCUAAUUCCAUUAGAAGUAGAUCUGGUUCUGUAACAGAAAAACCAGAUAGUAUUCCAGAUAAUGUCACUGAUAUUCAAAGAUCCAAAGCUUCUAGUAAGGCUAGCUCUAUCUGUGAUGAGCCCGUUAAAUCUCCAGUUCAUGAAAUAGUUAAUGUAAUAACUAGCAUAUCAAGUACUUUAACACACGAAAUAGAAAAUACUACAAAAAACGCAACUAGUUCCAAAGCGUCUAGUAGAGCUAGCUCAGUGUGUGAAGAACCCGUCAAAUCUCCAGUUCAUGAAUUAAUUACAUCUCCAAAUGCAAUCGUGAGUAGAUCUAGUUCUAUUACCGAUAAACUAGAAAUUGUUCCAGAUAAUGUCACUGAUAUACAAAAAUCCAAGACAUCUAGUAAAGCUAGCUCAAUUUGUGAUGAGCCUGCGACAUCUUCAGUUGACGAAACGAUUGCUUCAGCUAAUUCCGUUAUAAAUAGAUCUGGUUCUGUAACAGAAAAACCAGAAAGUAUUCUAGAUCAUGUCACUAAUAUGCAAAGGUCUGGUUCAAUAACAGAAGAACAAGAAAAUACUCCAGAAAAUGUUACUGAUAUGCAAAAAUCCAAGUCAUCUAGUAAAGCUAACUCUGUUUGUGAUGAACCCGUUAAAUCUCCAAUUCAUGAAACAAUUACAUCAGUUAAUGCAGUUCCAAGUAGAUCUGGUUCGAUAACAGAAAACCCAGAAAAUACUCCAGAACAUGUUCCUGAUAUACAAAAAUCCAAGACAUCUAGUAAGGCUAGCUCUGUUUGUGAUGAACCCGUUAAAUCUCCAGUUCAUGAAAUAGUUAAUGUAAUAACUAGAAUAUCAAGUACUUUAACACAUGAAAUAGAAAAUACUACAAAAAACGCAACUGGUUCCAAAGCGUCUAGUAGAGCUAGCUCAGUGUGUGAAGAACCCGUCAAAUCUCCAGUUCAUGAAUUAAUUACAUCUCCAAAUGCAAUCGUGAGUAGAUCUAGUUCUAUUACCGAUAAACUAGAAAUUGUUCCAGAUAAUGUCACUGAUAUGCAAAAAUCGAAAACAUGUAGUAAAGCUAGCUCAAUUUGUGAUGAGUCAGUUAAAUCUCCAGUUUAUGAAACGGUUAAUGCAAUAACCAGCAUAUCAAGUUCUGUAACACAUGAACCAGAAAAUACCACCAAAAAUGGAAUUGAUUCGAAAGCAUCUAGUAGAGCUAGCUCAGUGUGUGAUGAACCCGUAAAAUCUCCAGUUCGUGAAACAACAACGUUGAUAAAUUCUAUCACAAGUAGUUCCAAUACUAUAUCCCAAGAGUCAAAAAAUAUUCCAGAGAACGAAAUUGAAAAGCAAGGAUCAAAAGCAUCUAGUAAAUCAGGUUCUGUUUGUGAUGAACUAGUAAAAUCUCCUCUUUGUGAAAACAAAAAAUCAGAAAAUACCAUUACAAAUUUAUCCAGUUCUAUAACACAAGAACCAGAAAUUGAUAGUCAUUGUUCAAAAGCUUCAAGUAAAGCCAAUUCUAUUGGUGAAGAACCAUUAAAAUCGUCAGAACUAGCAAUAAUCAGCACUAAUGGAAGUGAGUCAAAAAGUAGAUCGAGUUCAGUUAAUCUGGAACAAGAUAUUACGCAUGUUUCUAUUAACGAUAAACAAGAAAGUGAAAAAAGUUCAGUUGUUCAAGAAACAGAAUUUCCACAAAUAAUUGGCAUGGAUAAACAUGAUGUUGAAUCAUGCAGUAGAAAAGAUUCGUUUUUCCAGGACAAGAAUAAUUCCUCAACAUUUUCAUCAAGUAGUACAAGUUCAAUUUGUCAAGAAAUAGAUACUCAAUCUUCAAAACUUUCCAGUAGAAAAAGUUCUGUUGUUGAUGAAUCAAUUAGUAACCCUUCAAAAUUACAUAUUGGGGAAAAGAGUUCUAGUCUUCAAGAAUCAAAUGUUUAUGAACACAAUAUUGAUAAUAAUACUAAAACAUUCAACAAAUCUGGAUCCUUGUGUGAUGAAAUGCUAAAUCUGCCAUUUAACAAGGUAACGGAAAACAUUAUUUCAAAUGAAGCAUAUGAAAAAGUAGUUUCUCCAGAAACUACUGUUGGAAAUACAGAAUCUAAAAUGGUCAAUGCAAUUGAAUCGAUGUGCGAAGAAUCUAUUAAAUCUGAUAAUGAUGAAAUUUGUACAAAAGAACAUUUAGUUUCAAGUACCUCAAGUUUGAUUCUCCAUGAAACAGAAGAAGAAAAAUGUCAACUACCAAGAAAGAGUUCUGUGUUGGAAGAACCACAGAAUUCACUAACUGAGGAUAAUAAUACUAUUUUGUCACCUUCUGACUGCAAUAAGUCAAAUAUUAUUGAAAGAAGAGCGGAGGAAUCAAAAUCUUUUGGUAGAAUAGGUUCUUUGUGUGAAGAAAUUGCGAAAUUUUUAACUGAUAACGAUAAUAAAAUAUCAACUAAUAUUACAUCUGAAUCGCCAUGUAGCUUAAUUGAAUCUAUUCCUUUAAAAAGUAAUAUAGACGAAUUAAAAGUCGAAACUGAAACUUUAUUGCAACUUAAUAAAAACACUGAUACUUUGAACAAGAUUGAAAAAUCUCUACAACUUGAUGAUAAAGUUAAAGUUGAUGAAAAACAUGAUAAUAUAAAUGAGAAAAAUACAGAUCAUAGUCUUCCUGUUAAAAAUAUCACUGAAUCUAAUAAUAAGCCCCCAAAUAUUUCAACAUUAUUGAUUGAAGAAAAUAAUAAGACUGGUAUAAUGAAUGUUGCUCAAAUGGUAGGGAAAAAUAUCCUUGACGAAUCUCUUACUAAACAUACCGUGAUAACUGAUAAUGAAUCUAAGAGUUUAAAAACCUUCACUCCAAUCGCUAAUGUUACUUCAGAAGAAUGUAUUAGUAAAUUAUCAAACGUAUUAAUUGAAGAUAUAGUGAAAACAUCUGAUGAUAAAAAUAUCAUAUGUGAUUCAUCAAUAACAGACAUUUGUAUGAAUCAACCAUUAGGUGUUACUUUGAAUAGCGAAGACUUGGGUGUUACUAAAGAUAUAGUCAUGCAAUUAAAAAGAGAUGUACACGAAGCAUUGCAUCAAUGUAGUAGUGAUGACGAGCGACCAUUUACUCCACAGAGUGAGUCUAGCAUGUCUAGAUCGGCAAUGAAUAUUGAUGAGGACGACGAUGAUAACGAAGACAAUAAAAUUGAAACUGAUGAUGAUAUGCCCGGCUCUCCUAUGUCUACUAGACCAUCACCCGUACAAAUGCAACUCGAUAAUCGACAUGUAGAAAUUAACAUGGAUUUUAAUAAAGCUUUGCAGGAACAUAGGAUUACGAGGGGUGAAGAUUUGACAGCUACUGAAGCAAAUGGUAACCAUGUUACAGAAAUCAAGACAACUGAACAUGAUAAUAUUAACCAAAACCAAGGUACGUCAUCCGACACGGUUCAGAGUUGGGGUAAACCAUUAGGUCUACCACCCGUACAAAGCAUUAAUAAUAACGGUUUUGAUCCAAUUCGUGAGUGGGGGAAACCAUUAGGUCUUCCAUCUCCAACACAGCCGAUCCUUGAACUCACUGAACCUCAAAAUAUGAGCGGCAAGACAACACCCAAGAAGAACGUAAAAAAGAUUAUAGACAACAAACCAAUAAUUAAUGUCAUGGACAAAGACGCGCAAAAUCGAAUCCGACGAUCGGAAUCACCAAGUAAACUCAGAAGUCGAUCAUCAAGUCGAAUGUCCAGAAUUAAUCCCAUUUACCUGGAUCUUAUUUAUGUGCCACAUCAUGGAAACUCAAAAUAUGUGUCUGCUGACUUCUUUAAGCGCGUACGAGCUAGAAACUACGUUUUUAGCGGUACCGAUCCUAGUAAAGAAGUCUUAAAUGCUUUAAUCGAAGGAAAACAAGCUUGGGAGGAUCAAGAUUUAGAGGUCACCAUAAUACCAACUUACGAUACCGAUACACUGGGUCAGUGGGUGGCAGAAAAUGAGGAAUUGCUGACCAAGUUGAAGAUCGAUUUAAGUCCUAGCGCCAGCCGAUGCACGAUAAAACUACAAGAUCAUAACACCAGCUGCUCCGCGUAUAGACUAGAAUUUUAA